AUGGAGAGGCAAAUGGGUCAGUUAGCAACAAAUCAAAACACUAGACUUACGGGCGUUCUACCCAGUGACACAGAAAAGAAUCCGCAAGUGAAUGCAGUUACACUUAGAAACAGGAGGGAUCUUGAGGAAGUGCCAAAGAAAAGGAAAGAUAAACCCGUACCUGAGUGGGAGUUGAUCCCUAAAGUCACAAACGAGCCAAAGAAGAAUGCUGAAAUUCCAGAGCCAGUGGAGGUUCAAUUGAAUAUCCCACUUGUCGAUAUGCUUCCUGAAAUUCCAAAGGUCCAAAAUAAGCUCCCUCAAAAGCUUAUGGAUCCUGGCAGCAUUACGAUUCCUGUGCGCAUUAGUAAUAUUGAUGUGGUCCGUGCUCUUUGUGAUUUGGGGAUUGGGAAAUUCAUCUUCCCUGCUGAUUUCAUUAUCCUUGAUUAUGAGGCUGAUGAACUGGUCCCAAUCAUAUUGGGGCAACCUCUCUUGGCUACUGGUGAUGCAAUUAUCAAAGGGAGAGAGGGAAAGAUGAUCUUGAGGGUAGGUGAUGAGGAAGCAGGUUUUAAUGUCUACAAAGCAAUCCAACUUCCCCGCUACUAUGAGGAGCUCUCAAUGAUAUCUGCCGUUGAGGUUGAUGAGCAGAUUCAGGAUGCGAGUGUUUAUCUAGACGAUUCUCUAGAGAAAGCACUUAUGUUGUUUGAUAGCCUGGGGAAUGAUGAGUAG